AUGGAAGUAGCAAUGACUUUGCUCUCGCACAACCAGCGUGCAAACCACGAAAGGCGCCAACGUGAGAAUCAGGUGUGCCCAGUGUGCUUCGAUGAACUUCCUGGUUCCAGAGGAGUUUUUCUAUCGUGUGGGCACUUCGGGUGCCACGACUGCUUGCAGCAGAUGGCAAGGCUUUACACUUCGGAGGGUGAUGUGACAGCGCUGCGCUGCCCAGUGCCAGACUGCAGAGUCCCGUGCUUUGAUGCCGACGUCCUGCGGCAGCUCUUGGGUUCCAACUCCAAGUUGCUUGAGAAAUGGGAGGAGCUGAGCUUGAAGCAUUGCCUGGACUCGAUGGAGGAUGUUGUGUAUUGCCCCCGCUGUGAUUUGGAGGGUGAUGGGCAGCGAGUUCCUUGCAUCCAAGACAAUGAGCACAUGGCCACAUGCGAAGUCUGUGGCUUCACCUUUUGCGGUAAAUGCCGAACCGUCAUGGCCUUAGCUCUUGUUCUCUACCGAGCUAGCACUGAGUGUGCCUCUGUGGAUGAUCGAUUGGACGCCCUGGAAGCGAGAGCGGCUGGGAUUGGGCCAGAGGCAAAGGCUGCACGCGCUGAAUUGUUGACCUUGCGGCACCUGGCCAAAACAACCAAAAACUGUCCAAAGUGCAACUUUGGAAUUGAGAAGAGUGAAGGCUGCAGCAAAGUCCUUUGCGGGAACUGCAAAACUCACUUUUGCUGGCGAUGUGGCAAGACCAUCACUGGCUACGACCAUUUUGCCACCAGCGAUUGCCGCCUGUUCGACGAUGAUGAAAUCCGCCGUUGGAAUCAGAGGGUGCAUCAGGUGGACAAAGCCCAAGCGAGAGCUCAUGAGGCUCGCUUCUUGGCCCAGUUUAUGGACCCGGAGCGGCUGAGGGAGCAAAGCCGGGAGUGCCCUCGCUGCAGGGCAGCGGUGCUGAAAGAGAGCAAGAACAAUCACCUCCGUUGCUAUGCUUGCAUGACGCAAUUCUGUGCGAGAUGUUUUGAAGUGCUGCCCAAAGGCAAAGCCAGUGAGCACUUCAACAAACUCCGGAGUUGCCCGCAGCACUCUGACGAGUAG